UUUUCUUUCCACCAUCUCCUCCAACGACACGCCAUCGCCGCCGGCCAUUGCAGCCCAUUGCACCGCCGCGCCCAUCGUCACGCCUCCGGGCACAUCUCGACAUAAUGCUGCAGCCCCGGAUAUGUCGAUUCCAGCCCUCGCGCUUGGGCAAGUCGCUGCUGAGCGCCCGCAGCUACUCGCAGGGCUUCGAGCAGCUCAUCAAGCCGGCCUAUGCGCCCACUGCAUCUGCUGAUGGCAGUGUGCUCACCACCGAGGGCCCCCGGAAGGAUAAAUUCACACCACUGCGCACAUACAAGCCUCGCACGCCCGGUCUACGUCAUCUCAAGCGUGCCGUGAACGACCAUCUGUGGAAGGGGCGGCCGUUUCUCAAGCUCACCAUCGCACGCAAGGGACAGCAUCUGGGAGGAAGGAACAACACCGGACGAGUCACAGUGCGACACAGGGGCGGAGGACACAAGAGGCGCAUUCGCAUCGUCGACUACAAGCGGUACCUGCCUGGCAAGCACAUCGUAGACCGGAUAGAAUACGAUCCCAACCGAAGCGCACAUUUGGCCCUUCUCACACGAGUCGAGACGGGCGAAAAAUCAUAUGUGGUUGCUGCAGACGGCAUGCGCGCGGGAGACGAGGUUGAGAGCUAUAGGACCGGUGUCCCCAAGGACCUGAUUGCUAGCAUGGGUGGAGUCAUCGAUCCUGGUAUGCUCGCUGCGAAGACAGCUUCGCGGGGAAACUGCUUGCCUAUCCACAUGGUGCCCCUCGGCUCGCAGGUGUUCAAUGUUGGGUCCAAGGCCAAGGGUGGAGGUGUAUUCUGUCGUAGUGCAGGCACCUACGCCAUUAUUGUGAACAAGGAGGAAGUGGAGAAGGCCAAGGGUGUUGACAUUAAGAGUGUGAUUAUCCGCCUACAGAGUGGCGAGAUCCGCAAAGUCGACCCGCAAGCAUGCUGCACAAUUGGUGUAGCUAGCAACAUCCAGAAGCAUUUCGAACAGCUCGGGAAAGCCGGACGCGCUCGAUGGCUCGGAAAGCGACCAGAAGUCCGUGGUCUUGCCAUGAACGCAGGUCAGUACCUGUCACUCUCUGAAAUCUCAAAGACUAACCCCACUCAGCUGAUCACCCUCACGGUGGUGGUCGAGGUAAAUCGAAGGGUAACGUGCACCCAGUCAGUCCUUGGGGCACUCCGGCCAAGGGUGGCUUUAAGACACGAGCCAAGAGGAACAAGCACACAUUCUUGGUCCAGGACCGACCACGCAACCAGGGCAAGCGCAAGCCGAGAUAAGCCAGCCGUGCGCGCUGUGUAUUACUACCUGUCCGUCGAACCUGUACUAUAUAUCACAUGGCUGCAUCAUCAGCUGCCCCUGAAUAUACCAAACAUUAUCAAUGUCUUUCAAGAUCAGGCAUAUUUUAGUGCCAAAGCAGGAGUCCGUUUUGAGAUGCGCCUAAACACAUGGCUGAUUUGAGACGGCAGCAUCAUAUCACAUGAUACGAACUUGAUUGAGAUGUUUGGAACACUUUCUUUAGUCUAUAUUGUGGUGGCCUGGCGUGCCGUCUGCUGAAUACGAGACCGUCGCCAAUGGUGAUGCAUCAGAAGACAAGCUUCGUGGUGCAAUGCCGAUGAAGCAAUGACAUCUUCGAGUCAAAUGUCACACUGAACUCCCUGCGACACCGACUACUUAAAGUCUUAAUACAAUUCCCUCGAGAACUUCCACCUGUACAAUCAAUAUCUGGCCUCUUCAUAUGUGGUUAUGAGCGCGAUUGAGCGACAAAGGACCCCUGUCCAUCGUCGCAUGGCUAGCUAUUUCCAGCAUCGGCGCUAAUCCCCGCCCCAACGUCGGAGGUCGGCGUUAAGGUGAACGAACAAGAUGCUGUGAACAGCUGUAUGUGCUUCUGAUUGAGCCGAAUAGCUGUUUAGUAUACACCGACAGUAGAGGCCUGUCA